AUGAGGAAGUAUAGCACUGAUGUCAACGUGGAAUUGCCAAUAACUAAUGUUGCUAUUCCAAUUCCGGAAAAUGCGGAUGUUCCAAUUCCGGAAAAUGCGGAUGUUCCAAUCUCUCAAACACAAUUUCAAAGAAUUGACCUUGAUUCUUUGGAUUAUGAUCCUGGAACACGCAAACAAAUAUGGGAAUAUCAUGUUAAUCAACGUGAUGAAAUUCGACGGGCUUACAUUAAAAAAGGUCCGCACCAACCUCCUCUAGAGACAUUCAAAAAAAGUGGAAAGCAGAAUCGUAGUUUUCAAGCUUCUUGGUAUAGAAAUAAUUCAAAAUGGCUUGAAUAUUCUCCUACAACAGAUGCAGCUUAUUGUCUACCCUGCUUUGUCUUUCAUAAUCCAAAUGUGGUUGUGGGACAAAAUACAUUUAUUGUUGGUGGAUUUAGAAAUUGGAAAAAGGUGGAGGGCAAAGAUUGUUCUUUUCAAGUUCAUAUAGGAAAAGAUCCUAACUCAGCUCAUAGAGUUGCUGAGCAAAUGUUUGAUCUUUUCACUACUGAACAAAUUGCAAAUAAUCGGUUGCAAUUGAAGGCCGCAAUUUUUAUUGUGCGAUAUCUUGCCUUUCAAGCUAUAGCUUUUAGAGGUCAAGAUGAAAGUUUUAGUUCAUUAAAUCGUGGGAACUUUCAUGAAUCAUUGGGUAUUGUGACUUUUUGGAAUGAGAAGGUUGCUGAAAUAAUAGAAAAAGCUCCAAAAAAUGCAACCUACACAUCACCUAGGAUUCAAAAGGAAAUUCUACAUGUUUUCUUAGCCAAAGUGAAGAAGGCCAUUUGGGAAGAAAUUGGUGAUGCAAAGUUUUGCAUAAUGGUUGAUGAAGCUCGUGAUGAGUCCAUGAAAGAGCAAAUGGCUGUGGUGUUUAGAUAUGUUGAUGCAGAAGGCUUUGUGAAAGAACGCUUUUUUGGGCUUAUUCUUGUUGUUGACACUGCAGCUUUGACUCUAAAGAAGGGGAUAUAUUCUUUGUUAUCUCAAUAUUGCUUAGAUAUACAAAAUAUUCGAGGUGCUUCAUGCAAGCGCAAUGAGCAAUUGAAAGUUGCCAAUGCUAAUGAAAUAGCACGUUUGAUUGAUCUUGAAGAGCUUGAGACUGGAAGUGGACUUAAUCAAAUUAGCACUUUACAACGACCUGGAGAAACACGUUGGAGUUCACAUUUUAGAUCAGUUUCUAGCUUAUUAAGGAUGUUUAGUUCAACUGUUGAAGUUUUACAAAAUAUAAUUGAUGGUGCAAUUGAUGGAGAAAAUCGGGCAGAAGGAGAGUCAGUUUAUGAAGGUUUAACUUCAUUUGAAUUUGUUUUCAUCUUGCAUCUUGAGAAGGAAACUAUGGAGAUUACUGAUAAACUUUGUCAAGCUUUGCAAAGCCAAUCUCAAGACAUUUUAAAUGCCAUGCAUUUAGUUUCAUCUACUAAAGCACUUAUCCAAAAAUUUAGAGAUGAUGGAUGGGAUGGCUUACUCACCACUGUGAUAUCAUUUUGUGAGAAGCAUCGCAUUGAUGUCUUGGAUAUGAAUGCUCGUUAUGUUGCGAGGCGAGGUCGAGCUCGUAAUCAACCAGAUAACGUUACAAAUGAGCAUCAUUAUCGAGUAAAUAUUUUUUAUACUACAAUAGAUUCUCAACUACAGGAACUAAAUUAUCGGUUUAAUGAAGAUGCAAUGGAGUUGCUUAGGCUUAGCUCAGCUUUAGAACCUCGAGAGGCAUUAAAAUCUUUCAGAAUUAGUGAUCUUUGUUUGUUGGUAAAAAAUUUCUAUCCACAAGAUUUCACAGAUUAUGACAAACAAGUGUUGGAGAAGGAGCUUUAUCAUUUUGAGCAUAAUGUAGUCCAAGAUCCAGAGUUCAAAAAAUUGAAAAGUUUAUCUGAGUUGUCUCAAUGGUUAGUGAGAACUGGAAAUUUAGAACACUACAAACUUGUUUAUAGAAUGGUGAUACUUGUGCUUACUCUUCCAGUUUCUACUGCUACUACAGAGCGAGCAUUUUCAGCUAUGAAACUUGUCAAAACUGAACUUCGAAACAAAAUGGAAGAUGACUUUUUGAAUGACUCUUUGAUGUUAUACAUUGAAAAGGAUAUAGUUUCGACAUUUAGUUUGGAUUCAAUAGUAGAUGAUUUUGAAGAUUUGAAAGAGCGUCGAGUUCCCUUUUCAUAG